CGCGCAGGGCGGGCAGAGGGAAGGGAAGAUGGCGGAGGAGGAGAAGCUGCCUGCGGGGUGGGAGAAGCGCAUGAGCCGCAGCUCCGGACGCGUGUACUACUUCAACCACCUGACCAACGCCAGCCAAUGGGAGCGGCCGAGCGGGGCGGGGCGGGCGGAGCCGUGCCGGGUGCGCUGCUCGCACCUGCUGGUGAAGCACAGCCAAUCGCGGCGCCCGUCCAGCUGGAGGCAGGAGCGCAUCACCCGCUCCAAGGAGGAGGCGCUGCAGCUCAUCAAUGGUUACAUCCAGAAGAUCAAAUCAGGAGAGGAGGAUUUUGAAUCUUUGGCUUCGCAGUUCAGCGACUGCAGCUCGGCCAAGGCCGGAGGGGACCUGGGAGCUUUUGGGAGAGGGCAGAUGCAGAAGGCGUUCGAGGACGCGUCGUUCGCGCUCCGGGCCGGCGAGAUGAGCGGCCCCGUGUUCACGGAAUCCGGGAUCCACAUCAUCCUCCGCACGGAGUGAAGUGCCUUGGGAGGACCGGAAUGCCGGGAAUUCCCCGCGGGGAAUCCUCGGCAACGUCCUGGAGAUCCGUGGGGAGUCCGCGGGGAUUGGUGGAAGUUCGCGGGAAUUCGGGGGAAUUUGUGGGAAUCCUCAGGAAUCCAUGGGAAUCCUCAAAAAUCCAUGGGAAGUUCUUGGGAAUUUGUGGGAAUUUAUGGAAAUCCAUGAGAAUCCAUGGAAAUCCUCAGGAAUUCUUGGGAAUCCUCAAAAAUCCAUGGGAAAUUCUUGGGAAUUUGUGGGAAUUUAUGGGAAUCCAUGGAAAUCCUCAGGAAUUCUUGGGAAUUCUCAGGAAUUCUUAGGAAUUCUCAGGAAUCCAUGGAAAUCCUCAAAAAUCCAUGGGAAGUUCUUGGGGAUUUGUGGGAAUUUAUGGGAAUCCAUGGAAAUCCUCAGGAAUUCAUGGGAAUUCAUAAGAAUCCAUUGAAGUCCUCAGGAAUCCUUGGGAAUUCAUGGAAAUCCUCAGGAAUUCUUGGGAAUGCUCAGAAAUCCAUGGAAAUCUUAAAAAAUCCAUGGGAAAUUCUUGGGAAUUUGUGGGAAUUUAUGGGAAUCCAUGGAAAUCCUCAGGAAUUCAUGGGAAUUCUCAAGAAUCCAUUGAAGUUCUCAGGAAUCCUUGGGAAUUCAUGGAAAUCCUCAGGAAUUCUCAGGAAUCCAUGGAAAUCCUCAAAAAUCCAUGGGAAGUUCUUGGGAAUUUGUGGGAAAUUAUGGGAAUCCAUGGAAAUCCUCAGGAAUUCUUGGGAAUUUUCAAGAAUCCAUGGAAAUCCUCAAAAAUCCAUGGGAAAUUCGUGGGAAUUUAUGGAAAUCUACAGGAAUCUAUGGAAGCCCUCAGGAAUUCAUGGAAAUCCAUGGGAAUCCUUGAGAAUCCUCAGAAAUCCAUGGAAAUUUGUUGGAAUUCAUGAGAAUUCUCAGGAAUUCAUGGAAAUCCUUGGAAAUCCAUGAGAAUCCAUUGAAAUCCUCAGGAAUCCAUGGAAAAUUCUUGGGAAUCCUCAGGAAUUCCAUGGAAAUCCUCAGGAAUUGUCAGAAAUCCAUGGGAAUCCAUGGAAAUCCUCUGGAAUCAACAGGAAUCCAGAGAAAUCCACGGGAUUUCCGUGGAGAUCCUCAGGAAUCCACAAGAAUUCAUGGAAAUCCUCAGGAAUCCACAGAAAUUCCAUGGAAAUCGUCUGAAAUCUGUGGGAAUUCCAUGGAAAUCCUCAGGAAUCCACAGAAAUUCCAUGGAAAUCCUCUGGAAUCUGUGGGAAUUCCAUGGAAAUCCUUUGGAAUCCUCAGAAAUCCACGAGAUUUCCACAGAGAUCCUCCAGAAUCUGCAGGAAUUCCAUGGAAAUCCUCGAGAAUCCGCGGGAAUUCCACGGCGUCCGCGGGAAUCCCGCCCCGCGCUCCCGACGCCGUUCCCGAUGCCAGAACUCCUCCGUUCUUCCGCGCGCUCCCGGUCGGCCCCGGAUCGGGCAGGAACCAAAACGGGGAAUUCCCGCGGGGUUUUGGGAAUGUUGGGGCGGCCGGAGCCGGCUCCCGGCGGUGCCGGUGCCGGGAACGCGGCAGCCGCGGUGGUGGUGACGAUGACAACGAUGACGAUGGCCAACGAUGACAAUGAGGAUGAUGGCCAAUGAUGACAAUGAACAACGAUGACAAUGACAAUGGCCAGUGACAAUGACCAACAAUGACAAUGACCAACAGUGACAAUGACAAUGGCCAGUGACAAUGACCAACAAUGACAAUGACACUGAUGACGAUGACAAUGGCCAUCAGUGAUGAUGGCCAAUGAUGGCAAUGGCCAAUGAUGUCAAGGACAGCCAUGACAACAGCAGUGGCACUGAUGAUGAUGACAACGACACCAAUGACAAUGCCCAAUGAUGACAAUGACACCAAUGACACCAAUGACAAUGACACUGAUGACAGUGACAAUGCCCAAUGAUGAUGAUGCCCAACAAUGUCAAUGACACCAAUGAUGAUAAUUCCCAACAAUGACAAUGACACCGAUGAUGAUAAUUCCCAACAAUGACUAUGACCAACAAUGACAAUGACACCAGUGACAAUACCCAACGACAGUGACACCGAUGACAAUGACAAUUCCCAACAAUGACGAUGACACCGAUGACAAUGCCCAACAAUGACGAUGCCCAAUGAAGAUGAUGUCAACAAUGACACCGAUGAGAAUGACAAUUCCCAACAACGAUAACGACACCAAUGACAAUGACACCAAUGACGAUGACAAUUCCCAACAAUGAUAAUGACACCAAUGACAAUGACACCGAUGACAAUGACAAUUCCCAACAACGAUAACGACACCAAUGACAAUGACACCAAUGACGAUGACAAUUCCCAACAAUGAUGAUGACAAUGACACCGAUGGCAAUGCCCAACAAUGAUGACGACCAACGAUGACAAUGACCAGCAAUGUUAAUGAUGACGAUGACAACAACACUGAUGACAAUUCCCAACAAUGACGACGAUGACGAUGACCACAACACCAAUGACAAUGCCCAACAGUGACGAUGACCAACGAUGAUGAUGACAACAAUAAAGAUGAUGCCCAAUAAAGACAAUGCCAACAAUGACAAUGACACUGAUGACGAUGACAAUUCCCAACAAUGAUGAUGACAAUGACACGGAUGACAAUGCCGAACAAUGAUGACGACCAACGAUGACAAUGACCAGCAAUGUCAAUGAUGACGAUGACAACAACACCGAUGACAAUGCCCAACAAUGACGAUGCCCAAUGAAGACGAUGCCAACAAUGACAAUGACACUGAUGAUGAUGACAAUGCUCGACAAUAACAAUGACAAUUCCCAACAAUGACAAUGCCCAACAAUGACAAUGAUACCGAUGACGAUGACAAUUCCCAACAAUGACAAUGACAGUACCCAAUGAUGAUGAUGAUCAAUGAUGACAAUGACCAACAAUGACGAUGACCAACAAAGACGAUGCCAACAAUGACAAUGCCCAACGAUGACAGCGACACCAAUGACAAUGACAAUGCCCAAUGAUGACAAUGCCCAACAAUGACGAUGACACCGAUGACUAUGAGAAUGCCCAACAAUGACAAUGGACGAUGACAAUGCCCAACAAUGACAAUGACCAACAACGUCAACGAUAACAAUGACAACAACAGCGAUGACAACACUCAACAAUGACGAUGACACCGACGACGAUGACAAUUCCCAACAAUGUCAAUGACCAACAAUGAUGAUGACAAUUCCCAACAAUGACGAUACCCAACGAUGGCGAUGCCCAAUGAAGACGAUGCCAACAACGACGAUGCCCAACGAUGACAAUGACCAACGAUGACAAUGCCCAACAAUGACUAUGACACCGAUGACGAUGAGAAUGCCCAACAAUGACAAUGACCAACAACGUCAACGAUAACAAUGACAACAACAUCGAUGACAACACUCAACAAUGACGAUGACACCGAUGACGAUGACAAUUCCCAACGAUGACGAUGCCCAAUGAAGACGAUGCCAACAAUGACAAUGCCCAACGUGACGAUGACAAUUCCCAACAGUGACAAUUCCCAACAAUGACGAUGCCCAACGAAGACGAUGCCAACAACGACAACGCCCAACGAUGACGAUGACGCCGCCACCACCGAAGCUUCCGCGGCCCCCGGCGCCGAGCCAGGCCCCUCCCCCACCCCGUGCAUGUUUAUUUAACUCAUUCCCGCUCUUUUCUCCCCAAAAAGUCGCCCCUGAUCCGAAGGCUCCGCUUGAUCCAAGCCGUUCAUUAAUUAUCCAUUAAUUAAUUGCAAACACACGAGGCAGCUCCCGGUGUCCGUCCGGAUUCUCCCGGGAAUUUCCCGGCUCCGUCGCUUGGACUUCCAAAAAAAAAAAGCACCAAACAAACCCAAACUCGUCGGAAUUUUGGGGUGAAUUCCCGGGAAAUGGGGAAAAGAAAUCGCCGGAAUUUCAUUUUCCUGCCGGUUUUCAGUUUGGGGUGAGAAAAGUUGGAUUUGGGGUGGUUUUUUUGUCCGAGAUUUUUCGGUUCUGUCGUUUCUGUGGGGAAAAAAAUGGAAAAAAAAAAGUGGAAAAAAAAAAAAUCCCA